AUGUUGGAUCAUGGUAGGAGACGGUGGAUGAGCAGCACGAACACGCCACCACUGAAGCGGCCAAAGACUGCCAUAUUCUUCCCAGGCCAAGGCGUACAGAGAGUGGGCAUGGCGACUCCAUGGCUGGAAGCCUUCCCUCGAACCGUGAAGCCUAUCCUCGAAGAGAUCGACCACACUCUCCAAGUGCCCCUCUCCCGCAUCAUCGAGUCCGGAACGAACGCGCAACUGACGCAGACCGAGAACGCACAGCCCGCCAUAAUGGCCACGUCGAUCCUGAUCCUGCGCGUCAUGGAGGAGGAGUUCGGCUUCAAGACUUCGGACAGGGUGGACAUAACGCUGGGCCACUCGUUGGGCGAGUUCGCCGCGCUCGUGGCGGGAGGAUACCUCAGAUUCGCCGAUUCACUGAAGAUGGUGCGCAGGCGGGCCGAGGUCAUGUCGCGCUGCUCUCGCGAGGCGGUAUCCCUCGAGGGCGGCGAGUUCGGCAUGAUUGCCCUUGUCUGCGAGUCCGAGGGCCACAUGAAGUCGCUUGUCGCGGACAUCCGCAAGUUCCUCGACCUCUCGUCUGACGGCAGCAAGUCCGAUUCUUCCAACGACAUCCCCGCCGUUCAGCAGGUCCUCAUCGCGAACAUCAACAGCAAGAACCAGAUCGUGCUGAGCGGGAGCAUAGAGAGGAUCAGCACCCUGUUGACGAAUCUGAGACAGUUCGGCGGUCACGAUCCCAGGCAUGUGAGGCUGAAGAGCGAUAGCCCGUUCCAUUCGCCACUCAUGAGGCCCGCGCAGGAUAUGAUGAAGAGGUACCUGUAUACUGAGUGGCCCGAUGGUGACGAUAUUAUCACCUGGCCGGGGUUGAUGCCAUGCGUGUCGAACGUCACGGGGAGGCCGUUCAAGAGUAGGGAUCAAUUGAAGGAUUUGCUUGCCAGGGCUUGUGUGGAGACGGUGCAAUGGUGGAGGUCAGUCAAGUACCUACACGAGGAAGAAAAGGUCAAGAGGUACGUGGGGAUCGGGCCUGGCAAAGUUGGCAGGAACCUUGUUGGAAAGGAGGUGGGCAUGAAGGGUGCCGUCAAAGGUGGCGGCGUCUGGGGCAUCACGAACCCCAACGAGAUGGAGGAGGUCAUAAAGGCACUCGACGAGACUGAAAACUGUCCCGACGAGUAG